CACCCCCCCCCCGUCCCUCCAUGACACCGCUGCCCGCCACACCCGGACCGGAUCCCGCGAGGCCUGCCUCCCUGCAAGGCCAGGCCGUGCCGCAGGCUGUGUCCCCGGCAGCCCCCGGUGGCACCGGGGGUCCCCUCCCGGGGCGGCCCCGCUCCCCGCGCCGCGGCCUCCCGCCGCCAGGGGGCGCGCUGGCGCUCAGCCCAGAGCGGCCCCGCCCCGCUGUCCGUCCCGUCCAAUGAGCGCGCUGUGUUUCGGCGGGAAGGAGGGGGACCCAGCCGGAAGCGGCUCUCUCGACUUCCGGUGGCGGCGGGCGCCAUGUCGGGGGGGCGGCCGCUGCGGCUGCUGGGGCUGCACGGCUACCGGCAGAGCGAGCGCCGCUUCCACCAGCGCACCGGCGCGCUGCGCAAGGCCCUGCGUGGCCGCGCAGAGCUGGUGGCCGUCAACGCCCCGCAUCCCGUGCCCGGCGGCGGCGAGGACGACGACGGGGACGACCCCCCCCGCGGCUGGUGGUUCUCCGGGCCCGGCACCUUUGAGGCGGGGGAGGUGGCGGAGGCUCCGGCGGGGCUGGAGGAGUCGCUGUCGGCCGUGGCGGCGGCGCUGGCGGAGCACGGGCCUUUUGACGGGCUGCUGGGCUUCAGCCAGGGCGCGGCGCUGGCCGCCAUGGUGUGCGCCCUGCGGGCCCGCGGCGACCCCCGCUUCCCCGUGGCCUUCGCCAUCCUGGUGGCCGGCUUCGCCAGCCGCGCCCCGGCCCACAGCCACUUCUACCGGGAACCCAUUGCCCUGCCCACGCUGCACGUCGUGGGCGAUGCCGACGCUGUCAUCGCUGCCCCCCUCAGCAGGGAGCUGGCCCAGCACUUUGUGGAGCCUGUUGUCCUCACCCACCCCGGCGGGCACUUCGUCCCUGCAGCUGCGCCCCAGAAGAAGGCCUACCUGGACUUUUUGGACCAAUUCUGCCCCGGACAGGGCCAGGCUGAGCCCCCGGGGGCUGGGGCCAUUUGAUAACAGUCUCUGUAAUAAACCGGGCUCCAGCGAGCCACAUGCAGCCUGCCAUCCUGGUGAAACAUCCCUGUGUUUCCGUGCCUUCCAGAGGGGCCAGAGAGUCCUCAUCAGCUCACAGCGCAGUGUCAACCCAGGGCCAGGCUAAAUGGUUCUUCGUUAUCUUCCUUUCUUUUUUUGUCUGCAGCUUUGUUGGAUAUGUGGGUGUGUGCGUAUGACGGUGAAGGGUUUGAGGACAGGAGGGUGACGCUGUUCUGUGUGUCUGGGGUAUUUUCAGAGACUUGAAUAGCUCUUCAAAAUUGGGGUCCCUUAGCUUGGCCACAGGAAACGUCUGCAGAGCACACAGCUCCUGCAGCGCUUGUACCCCAAAGGUUUGUGUUUUUUAUUAUUGCUGGUGAAAGCUAUUAAGCCAACCUUCCAGCUGGUCUGGGUCUAGAAAAACCUCUUAUCCCUGGCAGUGCCAGGGCUGGUGUUCGCUUCCGAAAUGGGGUGUCUGCUGGUUCAGUGUGCGUGUGUUGCGAGGCUUUUGUAUCUUCCUCUGUAGAAAGUGCAUUUGUGAACAAGAAAAAUUUGUCACUACGUUUUUGGCUCUGACAUUUUCCAGAAGCACGUGGAAAUCUUUAUUGCUGUUACAAUUACAGGUGUCCUGCUUGACCGCUGCUGGGGCAGGCUGGGCUUUCCAGUCUGCAGCCCAGAGUUGCCGGGCUCACAGGGCUUCUCUAAGCACAGCUUUCUUUGGGGUUACAGCGCGAUAAAGUUGGUACAAGAGAGAAAUAGGAUGAAACUUCUCAGUUUGCCCCCUUCUUGUGCAGUGCUGGGACCUGGGGAGCAGCGGGGCAGCGCGGGGCCGGUGUUGCGAGGGACGGAGGACACUGUGGUGCAGCAGUGGGGACAGAAGCACUUCUCAUGUUCCCUUAGCCAGGAACAGGCCUGGGAGCUGCCGCGGGUUAAAAGCAAUGUGGCAGAAAUGAGUGGUUCCCGCACCUGUGAGUUUUGCCCUCCGGUUUCUUGCCGGUUACCGGCAGCAUGGUGGGAGGAUGCGGCUGAUUUCCCUGCAGCCCAGCCCUGGGCUGGCCUCACUCCUGGGUGGCUGGCGGGGCUUGGGUGGCUUUGCCACCUCGCAGAGCGGCACCAGGUGGGCUGUGUCACCUCUGUGCUGCCUGUGAUGUGAAGGUGUGGGGUGUCUGUCACUGCGUUGGGGACACCAGAGGCCGUUUUUUUGGGGGGGAGGGACACAGCUUGAGGCUGCGAGGCUGAACGCAGCAGCCCACCAUGACAAAGCAGCAGGGCCUUUGUCUCUGCCGUUCCCCCCACCUCAGCCCUUGGUGGUGGCAGACAGGGCUUCGCCUACCCGCCGUUCGUUAGCUGUUUAAUUAUCGUAGAGCUACACGCUCGCUGCGGUGGUCUCCCGGCGCAGCAUCUCCCCCACUCUGGCCCCAGCGGCUCCGCGGGACGGUGCGGAGGAGGCACUGCAGCCAUGUCCGCUCACCGGCAGCCCGCACUGCGGCCCCGCAGCCGCCGGCCGGCAUCUCCCCGCUCCCGGGGGGAGCCGCCUCCGCAGCUCGCUGAUGUUGUGAAGGGAGAAGGAGCCCAGGCGUGCGGUGAGUGAGCAGAACGGCCCCGGCUCCGCAGGAAGCUCCUGUGGGGCGGGUUGGUGGAGGGGCGUUGAGGGAUGGGUGACCCGAGCCGGGGUGCUACGGUACCUGCCUCCUCUUGCCAGCAUGUGUGAAAAGAUGGCUCCUGCCAGGUGGCUCCUGUACCGGGUUUAAACAAAUUAAUAAAAACAAAUUAACACGCCCCGCAGCUGCCGGAGGCGCCUGUGUGAGCAGCGGAGGAAGGUGGUGCUUGGCCCCUGGUGUGAUGGGAGGAGGGAAGCGGCUCCCGUGGGCAUCACCGGCUGUCCCUGCUGGAUGGAGGGGUUUAUCCCAGGAAUCCUGUCCUGCGCCUGCUUCUCCACCGGCCAGACGCCUUUGCGCCGGCCCCUGCCCACCUCUCGCAGAUCCAGAGCUGAUCUCGGGUCGCAGGUGCCCUCAUCGCCUGCCCGUGGGGGUGAGCCCGGAGACCAGACUGACCGAGGUCCUCGCCCUCACUCAGCGUGGUGCCUGGAGGGGGGGGGAGUUUCCUCUUCCCCUACCCGGCAUGGCCCAGAGGAGCUGGGUUUUCCCCCAAAACAGUGUGUGGCGGUUGCUGGGAGGGUGAUGCAGCUGUGAUGGUGGCCUGGGGGACAAGUGACCUGGGGACGGCCACCGGUGUUACCCAGCGGCACUGGGAGCCUGGGUGUUUUGGCGGGGGGGGGGGGGCUUUCUGUCCCCCAGCACAGCAGUGGGAGCCCCCUGCGUGCCCCCGGUGCCAGCCCCAGUGGCUGUGCUUGCCAGGAGCCUGCCCUGAGCACAGCUUUGCUCUGCCCCCCGCCCCAGGCUGAGCAGAGCCCCCCGCCCUCUCCCAGUGUCCCAGGGAAGGCAGGAGAGGACCAGCACGGGCAGAGACGCUGCCAGCGCUGCUGCCGCCUCCCCACAAACACCCACCACCCCCUCCCCAGCUCCCCGCGCCCCUUCUCCCUGCGCCGCUGCUGACUCAGGCCCUCCUCCGCUGCCCACCCUGCCAGCCGCCCGCGCUGGGCUCGCCGGGCACCGGCUCCCGUGGGCAGCGCUGGAAAAAAGUCCCGCCGUCCCGCCGAGCCUGGCAUCGGGUGCGGAUCUUGCCGGGAUUUGAGCCUUACUCAUCUCACGCUCUUCCUCCCCCUGUCCCCACCAGCGGGGCCCGGUGCAGGGAGGGGGAUGCUCGGGGAAGGUGACGUGUUUCACAGAUAACGUGGCUCCCCCUGAGUCAUGGGGGCUCCCCCGGGCAGGGGAGAGCUGGGGGCCAUCCCCAGGCCCUGUUGCCAGAGCGGGACCGAGCCAUUGGGAACAGCCCCCCCCCACCCCGUCCUCCCCGCUUUACCCGCAGAAGCUUCCAGUUGUGGCUGAGUCACUCCCGCUGUAGCUCCUUCUCUCCUUGUUUUGGAUGGAAGUUUUCCAUGGAAACCCACGCUGGGCCGGGCCGCGGGCUGGGAUAAACACGGCUGAAUCACAAAAGGCCAUUUUCGCCAAGAGCUGUCAGAUGGCAGCGACAGCGUGUGCGGGCGGCCGGGGGGGCGGGCGGCUGCCCUGCCUUUCGUGGGGCACCUCUCCCUGCGCCCCCCCGCCAGCCUCGCUGGCUCAGCCACCCCUGGCCCACCCCAAAUUCCCAGGGUGCCAGCAAGUCACGGGUGCUCCUCGGUGAAGCCGGGAGUGGGUCACAGGCUUCCGCCAGAAGCUGUUUUUUCGAGCCACGUGCUCUCACAAGGAUGCGUGGAGAAAUCCCGGGCGGGGGGAGCCCCUGGGGGGGGAGCCCAGUCCUCAGCCGUGGGGCUCUGUGGGGUUGCUGGAGGACCCCAAGGAAGAACCUUCCCACCCUCCCGGCCAUGUGCAGGGAUGCUCGCCGAAGUGCCGGGAGCGAGGAUGAGGUACGGCAGCGUUUGUGCUGUGCCUGUGCCCCGCUGGGCACCGUCCUGCCGUAGAAAUGGCAAAUAACGGCUCGGCCAUGGCAGGCACCGCGUUCCUCCCCGGCACCACCGCGUUCCUCCCCGGCACUGCCAUCAUCUCCAUGCUGAGGAGGAGCACGGGAGCUGGAUGGCCUCUCCCCCGGCGCUGAUGGCUGGCCCCAGGCCCGGUGGCUUGGAAACGCCGUCGGAAGCUGAGUCCCGGUGUCAGAAAUCCAGGAUAUUUUUAAGGACUCUGGAAGAAAAACUUAAUUCCAGGGUGUCAGCGGGAGAGAUUUGGCCUUCAAAACAACAACAGUGCAGCAGGAGACUUCCCGAGGCCGGAGCGUGGGGUCCGAGGGGCCACGGUGAAGCCAGUGGGAUGUGUCCCCUCACCCGGGGAUGCCCUGGAAGGGACACGGAUACCGCUGUGGCCUGGACCUCUAUGCGCUGCUGUUGCCAUUGCCCACCCCGGGCAGGAGCAGGGAGGUUUUUCCAGUGGAUGGAGGGUGGCUUUCAUGGCCAGUGGCACAGCUGCGCUGGGCCACCAUGUGUCAAACAGCUGCGUUUUACCUGGGCGAUGGUGGGGUGGCCCAAAAAUCCCCUUCCUGGAGGUGUGCAGCAGCGGGAAAAGCGGAAGCGGGCAGCAAAGGGGACCGGCAGGAGAUGGGGCAGCACAUGGUGGAGACCUGGUGCCUGUGAUAUCCCCCUGCCCGCGGCUGCUCUGCCCCACCACAGCCCUGCUGGCCCCUGGGGACCUGACGGUGGCCAUGCCCCUCUGGGCGAGGGCAGAGCUGCCGGGUGCAGGACCCCGAUGGGUGGGUGCUCCUAAGGAGGCUGCUCUGGAGAGGGGGAGCGUGGGUGGGGGGCCUGGCACAGCACCUACUUGAGCUUAAGUGGCACCAGUGGGGGGUCCAGGGACACCCCUGGGAGCCCCGUGCUGGGGCUACAGCCCCCCACCUCCCCCGGGCUGCAGGUCCUUGUCCGGGGGCUGUGUCCCCGUGCUGCCGAUGCCACCCUCACCCCACGCAGGCCUGUCCCCCCCAUCCCCAGUGUCCCCAUCACCCACCUCCACGUGACAAGGCACCCCCUCAAUCCCUCCGGGGUCUCGUCCAACGCCCCCCGCUGUGUCUCCGGGGCUUUGGGUCUCAGGUGCCCCCUGCGAGGGGCCCUGCCCGGCCGUCACCAGUCACCGCCGGCUGCCGAGGGCCCGGUGCCCGGUGCCGGGGCAGGCCGGGCCGCUCUGACUUCGCCUCUCAGGAAUCUCCUGGCCGCGCCGGGCGGGUUGUGCAACCUGCGACCGCCCCCGGCCGCCGCCCGCCCCGUCCCGUCCCGUCGCGUCCCGUCCCGUCGGGCCGCGCUCAGUCCCCUCCGCGCCAGCCCCGCCACCGGCCCGCGCUCCGCUCCCGGCAACGGCCCGCUGUCCCCCGCCCCCCCCGCCCCAGCCCCGCCGCGGCACCGCGCACACCGGCGGCGGUGGGGGGGGGCCGG